AUGAAAAAAAUUAUUCCGCAACCCGUUGUUCCAAAAACAGAAGAAGUUGGACAAUUGGAACAAGAACAAAAAUUAUCAGAAGAGCAGAAAGUUGUUUUUAUUGAAAGAAAAAACGAUGCAUCUUCAUCUGAAAAAAA